AUGUCGCUAGGAAGUGAACGGAAGAGUAUUCGCUAUUGCCAGGUGAGACACGUGGUGUUCAGAUCCUAUGGUGUGAUAGAUUACUCUCUGUCGAAUACACAUUACAUCUCUUUUUCCCUUCUUCUGUCUCACCCCAUCCCCUCUGUAUAACGCAAGCGUUCGAAUGGUUUUAGACGUUUUUACUGGAAACAUGCAUAAACGUCGGUCCGUCGAUGGAAACGUACAGGAACAGGCUUUGCCCAUUCCAGUUCAGAUGUUCCUUUGGCGACAGUUGAGUCUCUGGAGAAAGUGUUAGUUCAGAAUCUUCACAAUGAUUUAACACCCUCUUUGAGCCUGAUACUGGGCAGUGUGCCACGAUGGCGUUUGAUCCAGGCCGCUCUUCCCUACAUUCUCCAUGCCACGGCCAAUCUUUUGCACAAUAGGAAGGAUUUUCAAACUCUUGGAGCCAUGGAGACAACACUUCUUUACAUUCUGCACUGGAUACUGCUGGACGCUGCUGAAGAAUGUGCCGAAACGGAUGCCGAUCCAGGAAAUCCCUUUUAUUAUCUAUUUUCUAUACCCACUAUGAGUCUGUUCGUCUAUCUUUUCGCACCGCUGUGUAAUCACCUGAAAGAUAUCGAUUUUAAAACAAACUUACGUUUGGAGAACGGUUUAAAAAUAUGGUCGGCCAUGUAUGAAUGUCGUCAUCCGGAUACACCUUGCUUCACUACACACUGUCGAAUUAAACCACAAGUUUUGUGGAGUCGAUCAUUCAAGUUUUACAAACAACAUCAAAUGUCAGAUGAUGUGUUUGUUGGAGGGAGGGGAAGCUAGUAUUUUUCACGUAGCCAUGGGCAGGACAACUGGGUUUUCAAAAUUAACGAUAGAACAGGUUACGGCUAUUUCGGCACUGGACACUUGCAGACAAUAUCAGGAAAGAUCAACGACCAUAGGAGGUAUGGAGAAGGAAAAAGAGGAUCAGUAUCACAGGACAGAGAAAGAAACGCAAGACACGUCGAAAACAAAGGGUUCCGUGCCGCAACGAGGUGCUACUGAUUCAAGUGGUGCAGGAUUAACAAGCAGUUGUCCUGCUAUCGAUGCAGAUGUUCGGGCCGCUACUUUUCUCGACGUAGCUGUGCUUAGGUGCCUUUUUGUUCCUCAGUGGCAGGAGGAAGGUGUACAUUGGGCUCUACAAUUUUUAUACCAUAGAUUACGCAUGAUUAACGAAGAAACAUCGGUACAACAAAUGCCACGUCGCCGUAGUAAUUCUUUACCCAUACCUAAGAUAGAGGUGUCGAUUUACCAAAGUCCGGAAAGUAAAAAGAAAGACGUGUCGAAGGAUUUCAUGGAAGUGCCGGCAGUUCGCGACGACGCCUUGCAUCUAGCUGAUCAGGACGUUGAGUCAAGUCAUACGAGGCAAGCCAGCGAGAAGUCAAAGAAAAGAAUGAAAAUGGCUGACCUCAAAGCAUUUGUCGAAACGAAAUUGCUAUCAAAAUCUGAGAAAGCGCUCGAGAAAAUUGGUCAAGAUGAUCCGAAGAUGCUAUUGGAGCAGGUACGUCGGCGAUACUCGUAUUGAGAGGAAACAAAGUCGAUUUUAUAAUCAAUCGUACACCGCGCCAAACCCUAUCAUCACUGUCACGGAACACACGCCUACUCCAUCGCCAGAUUACAUGAAGCGACAGGGUUCAAUUGAUAGUCAAUUAGACGUUAUCAGUAUGCACGGUAAUCGUUUAGAUUCUGAAAGGAAACCCAGUCUUACACGAUCGCAGACGGAUUCGAAUAUUACUUAUGCCAGCGACGAAAUACCGGAAGCACCCGGUUCCUGUUGUUACAUCACCAAAGAAGGUGACAUCGAUCUGCAGGCUGUACAUUCAGUUGCCUUGAGGGAUAGCAAUUGUUGCACCUUACGAGUAUGUGAAAAUAUAUUAAAUUUAAUGGAACUUUUGAUAGAUAUGGGAGUGAUGAAACAAUGUUUUCGUGACGAAACAACCGGUAGUAUAGCAGAAUCUGCGACGGUGGUGGAAAGAACGGAAAGUGGAAAGAAGAAAGAUUCUCCAGAGAACGAGCAAGAGUACCGAGAAGAUCUGUCGGAAGAGUCCAAAUAUUUAUCUCACAAUCUCGUCAUGAAUUGCGUGAUCAGGGUGAUAAAGCAUUUAGGAUGCCCACACAGCUGCUCGGACGGAAUACGCGGACCACAAGCCGAUUUCUGUCGAUCUCAGGGCCAAACGAUUCUCAGCAAGUUGCAUCGGAACAGUUCGAAACAGUUCUCCAGGUUCCUGAGAUCAAUGGUGCGGGAACAACCGAUAUCGGAGAUUUUGGAGUUCUUUCACGCAUUCGUUGGAUUCUGCGUGGAUCCAAAUCAGAAACGAGGGUCCAGCAAAUCACCGGAGGUCGGCUCGCAAGGAGGAUACGCGACGAAUUUUGGUGCCAACGUUAUAGGAACUAGCGGAACCGGCGGAGGCACUGGCAGUUCCUCUGCGACAGCUGGUGCUGGCACCGUGGCUGCAACAGCCACUGGAAUUGCAGGUGGAUCGUACGGAUUUAGCAGCCACAGCGCUCGCGGCAUCGAGGGUCACAUCUUCAACUAUGUUUUUAAACCGCUGGUCACGCGGUUCGUGAAGUCGCGGUUCGUGAAAUCGCUGAAGGAGCUGAAAUCGAAAGAGAACAUAAACUUGUACUGCGAUCUACGGCAAUUUAUGUCGUACGUGAAAGAAGUACACGGCGGUGCUUUUCGCCGUGUUGCUCUGAGUGGAAUCUUGGACUCUGCAGAUCGACCUAACAAGCGAUGCAACAGCAAUGUUCAGACGACCCGUGUCAUUAGACAUAUACACCAGUCUGAUUUGGAGGAACACGCAGAUAUCGGUGGGGAAACUUGUUACACGGUGGAUGACAGAGGUACUAGGAAAUUUCUUUUCAAAAAACGGAGUACGUCCUCGACUUGCGCAAGCCUCCUUGAGACAGAACUGAGCGAAGAGAAUGCAAAGAUCAGCCAGAGUCCCUUGGGAAAUUUGAGGAAAAAGCAUCACAUACUCACGCCACGGCAAAGUGAACGUAAUUUAGGGAUAGACUUGAGCUCGGGGAAAAUUCGAAAAUCUACUCGCUUUCAAAUUGGCGGUAUAGUCAACUGGUUUCGAAGGGAAUAUGGCAGAACCGAUUCCACCGACAGUCACGAAAGCAGCGAAUCGCCAACAGAUGGUAGUUUCGUUAGGCAAUCCAGUUUUCAUUACGGUCAUCACCGUAGUGCAUCUAGAUCGGGUCGUGGCGUUGGCCUAACUUUGCAAAAAGCAAAACGUCGAAUGGAAGAUCAGUUGAAUAAAAUUGGUUUCGGAAAGAGCAAGAAGAAGGAAAGUCUGGAAGAGGUACCAGGAAGCUAUCUCAGCAGGAGAAAUUCUAUAGAAUUUGGCGAAGCUUCCAGAGAAUCUGAGUUCGUAGUGUUGAAAGAGAGAAGACUGGUACCUCGUAACGCCGUCUACGAUGGAAUGCUUAGGUUUUCAUUCUUGUUGGAGACUUGCCAACCGGGUUCGGUUCCUGAUCACUAUCUAAUGGCGGCAAUCUUAGAUCUUCCUUACGCACCGGUGGUUGCACGGGCCUCUUUGUUACUGGAAUGUGCCCAUUUCGUUCAUCAGUGUAACAAAGGGCAAUGGCCAACCUGGAUGAAGUCGAACUUUCCCCUGUCUCGUCCGUCGGUUCCCAUUAACCACCAGACUACCACGAAUUCACAUGCUGCGUCACGAAUUCACAUGCUGCAACGUACUGCUGGAAAAUUAUUCUAUCAAUGGGCAGAGGCUAUCGGGACGAGACUAGAGGAGUUAUUGUUAGAAGACAAGCAAAACGUCGAUCAAAUGAUCGCGACGGUGUCCGACGAAAAUAAACAGAGAGAUUUAAUCAUCGAAGACGAGGAGGAGGAUUUCCUCGAUGAAGCCAGCAUAAACGGUUACGGAUCUCAAUGUCCGAUCGCGUUGCGGCUUACAGCCUGUAUUCUACUUCUGGAAGUGACAGCGUUCUUGAGAGAAACUUACCAAACGUUGCCGAAAUUUAAACUUCUGACGAAGGAACGGCCGCCACCUUGGGAAAGGAUGUACAACAGAGAGGCGAAUCGACGAUGGAGCAUGGCACUUUCGUCGAUGGGUCAUUCACAGACCUCGGCUCAAAGUCUUCAAUCGAUCGUAGGUGACCGGGAAGUGGCUCCGGAACGUAAGAUCAGUUUCGUGCUUUACGAACCGGACAACGAGUCAGAAGGUAGUAGUAAAUCGACCGUCACGAUUCAAGGGGAAGAUUUUCAAACAACGGAGAAAGACAAGGGGAAACGCGUGCAACCGCCCCAAAGUCGGCCGCUUCUUCUUCGUCGCGGCACCGCGGAGAAUGCGACUGGUUCAUUUAAGAAACGAAGUUUGAAACUUCGACGUGAUACGGUAAAACGAGCAGAUUCGAUACAGUCGAAGAGGAAAGUGAGCUCUCUGUCAGACAGAAGUGACACGUCCGAGCCUGGUUUCGGAGGUGAAAUCAGCGGAGAAGAAUCACCGGGAAUUCUCAUCGACGAUCAACCACCGGAGAGCCCCAGCGACAGCAACGAGACAGACGAGACGAACAAAAAUUUCCCUUGGAUGAAGGUCUUGAUACAGUUGGCCAAUUCGUUCAACUUCUAUUGCUCGCAUCAGAACUUUUGUCAUCCACAUUGUCAUCGGCGUCAAAUGCGAGCGUGCAGCAGAUUGAUCAAGUCGAUAAGGAAAAUUUACGGCGAGGAAUUCGGGAUUCUCAAUGGCACGGGGAUGUUCGACUUCGACACGGACAAGAAGGAAGCGAGUAAAAAGGAGAAACGGAGCCGCAAGAUCUCGGAACAGACGAGCACUCAGGUGUCGCCUGUGCGUAGGAAGGACAGCGUGGGGAAAAAAUACAAAAUCGAGAAGAACAUGGAUGGCUCGCAGUCGGGCAGAUUAGCGCAACGAGAUUCUUCGAAGGAUUUGGCCGACCAAGACUCGGAGAAAGGGAAGGAGUCUUCGAAAAUAUCCGGGGAUCCGGACAAAGAGAAUUCACCGGUAUUGAAAUAUCUAAAGACCCAGGUGAAAGAUAUAUUUCAUGCACCGUUAGCUACUUUGGUGAAAGGGGCGGUAGUAAUGACCGAGGAGUUGUUCGUUGACGUUCUACCCGUUGCUUGGGAACUUCUGUUGGAGUCAAACCAGGAGGUUGCAGCGUCCGCCGCAUCUCUUUUCAUAGUCGCGGCUGUACGGGCUCCCAGUCAAGCCAGCGAACUGAUGCAUCACGGUCUCGAGCACAGCAGCACGAGCGUACGAAUAAACGCGAUAUUAAGAUUUCAAGUACUGUGGAAGCUGCGAUAUCAAGUUUGGCCUCGCAUGGAAGAAAAUGCUCACCUCACGUUCAAGGUCCCUCCACCUGGAAUAGAAUUCACUUUACCCUCGCCGAAAAUCGGUAUCGAAUCGUUGCCAGUCGUGGAUCCGCCUUGGAUGCCACAGGUGAAAACAAAGGUGGAGGAAGUGACCAUUAACCAGGAACAUCAUAGGUCCCUGGUGACGGCAACGAAAACUCGUAAGAAGCAACAAACUGAACUCAUAAAAAAGGCUUUGCAGGCACAAGACGACAAGAAACGCGAAGAAAGGGAAAACUUUUUGAUCACUACCAUACCGAUUACUGUACAAGCAGCAUACGAGCCAAGCCCUGUCGGGGAUGAUCAUGACGAAGGGAAUGUUGGAGACGAAGAUGGUGGUGAAACGAUAACCAGAAACACAUCUCAUCAUGGCCAAUCUGCACCUUCGUUAUUUCCAUCUUCGUUAUGCUCUGCAAUCGUACAAAUAAUUAAUCUCCUUGACGACGCUGCCGUUUCGGAUGACGGAAGUGCCGUUUACGAAGUUGCGUAUCAAGUAAUCUGGAACUGUUUAGUGGAAGACAGUGCGCUGUUCCUUCGUUACGUUUUGGAACGUCUUACCAGAGAGAAGCAGGAAUUAAUGUUCAAAAUUUUGAGACAUCUCAUUCGGUUCGUGCCGAAGCUACCUCAACAGGCCGCUUUUGCUUUGUACAAUUAUAUUAUUGGAUACGUUAUGUUCUAUGUACGUUCCCCGCACGAAGAAGGACAAAAAUUAAUCGGAACUGCACUUUCUAUACUAUGGAUGGUCGUGCACAGCGUUCAUGGAAUAAUGUUCAAAGACUUAAAGCAGAUAUUACGGAAAGAGCAGUGCGACGCUUCGAUUUUGUUGACCGCAAACGUUCCAUCUGCGAAAAGAAUCGUAGUUCACGGUCCACAAGGACCAGAUGCUGGAGGAAUUCCCUCGCAAUUCCCAGUGCAGGAGGACACGCAAUUUUGCCAAAUACUGCGGGAAUCUUUAGACUUUUUCGGCAUCGAGGAGUCGAAACAACGAGAGUACUUUCUCGUUGACUACAAAACACAUCAAAUUCGCAACCCAUCGUCGUAUGUUCGAGAUUACUAUUUCUUUAAAGGGAGAUCGCAAUUUUCGGAAAUCGAGUUGGUCCAUAUGAAACCGGAGGACGCGUUCAAUGCUUUGCAACGUCAAGAACUGAUUCACAAGUUCGUUGAAAUCGGCAAAGUAUUGCUGACGUGGGCAAUUUUGAAAAAUGUCGACAUGGUAGUUCAAAGAGUGGUGUUUCUUCACGAGGAACUAAUGAAGCUACCUUCUUUCCCGAGAAGAGCACUGGAGGCGGACUUGGAUUUGUACAAAGGUGGUGAAAUUGGCAGGGAGCUUCUUGGUCUAGACGUGAUGCACAAAUUUAUGUGGGUCAAAUUAAUCGCGAGAAUGUUCGAAGCGAUGGCAGGCAAUUUCGCUUAUUCAGGGGACAUUCAUUUGUUUCUAAAUGUUCUAAACGGUGCAGUAAUUCUACACAGCGAAGACUCAUGCAUUUUGCGUUACGUCAUUGCUACGUAUAUUAACGCCGCGCAUAAUUUUAAGAAUAUUUUUUCGACGAACGGCUACUUGCUAAUCAUGCCAACGUUGCUGCAAUUGUACUCGACUCAUCAGACGAAUAAAUUGGUGACAACCACCGUGGAGUACGCUGUUAAACAGUUCUAUCUCAUGAAUCGAAAGCCAUUUAUUCUUCAAAUGUUCGGAAGUGUUUCCACCAUAUUGGACACAGAUGAGACUAGCAUUCACGGAGAAGCGCACAAGGUUCCUUCUACGUGCUUAUUUAAUUUGUUGCUGAGUUUGGAGACACCGUCGCCGGAUCCUUUGAACAUAGACGAACUGGUUAAAGAAGAAAAACCUCUUAAAGCUAUUGACUUUUGUUACCACGACGAGAACGAAAUGGUCACUGUGUUAGAUUGCAUAUCUCUUUGCGUGAUGGUGAUAGCUUACGCGCCCGACUCCGUGAGAGGUCAACAAAUGUUGACCAUACUGGAAGCAAUACUACCAUGCUACGUUCAACAGAUACAGUCGCCGACUUACAAUAGAGAAGGCAAAACAGAGAAAGAAAUCAUACAUCAGUUGGCUAUAGCUGUGAAGACCUUAGUAAAUAAUUCUGAAGCACUUACGAAAUAUUACAAUGGACCACAAAAGUCGAGCCCGGAGCACAAGGGCUCCAGUCAAAGAAAUUACGGCAAGGGCCCAUAUUCGCCUGGUUUUGACUUCGAAGAUGAUACUCACACGACCAAGUACAUGGAACAUUCUAAGGUUCGAACCUUUUAUGAUCGAGACAACGACGAUGCCGAAAGUAGUCAUAAAAACGAGUUUCGUCGACCACGCGAUACGUUGUUGAACAUGGUCGGAGACUUUGUGGCUCGCUGCUCAACCCGCUUGGUCGAAUUGAAUAAAAAAUCUCAAGAUGGAAAGACGAUCGAAUUGUUAGACUCCAAAUGCCAUAUACGAUUAGCCGACAUUGCACACAGCCUGUUGAAAAUAUCUCCGUACGAUGCAAGCACGAUGGGUUGUCGCGGCUUAAGAAGAUACAUGAACGAUAUUCUGCCCUCGACCGAUUGGUCCAGCGACGACAUGAGGCCUGCAUUGACGAAUAUUUUAAGAAGACUGGACAAAACGUUUAGCAAGAUACAUAAAAAGGCUUCUAUCAGGAGAAACACCGAUUGGAUUGCUGCGAGCGAUCUUUUGAAAGGAGUUUACGAAACGUUGACAAAAUGUCCCUACAUCGCUCAUUUUCAAUAUUUAAAGACAUUGCUGACCACCUGUCAGUCAUUAAUCAUUGGAGAUACCCCAGCGGAGGAUGUGACAUCAGCUUCCUCCGCGGCUUUAAUGAGCAAAAUACCUCCACAACAUUUUUGCUCGACGGUACUUCGACUGAUAGCACUUUACUUUAUAUCUCUCGGAGAAGGAUAUUUACACGCUAUGUUUGUAACUCAAACUCGAAUCGAGAAUACUCUACUUAAUUUAUUAAUACCGUUGUUUCUACGCGUGGGAACAGGAAGGAAAGAUGUACCGAAACUGAGACAGUCUGAUAUAAAUUUCGCAUUAACAGCGGUGCUAAACACUUUAUGGCCGCCUUCCACGAAAACGGUGCCAUUAAGUGCACAAAAUUUGAAAACAACGACAGACGUGAGAGCGGGUAGUUUGACAUUUGCAGCGAGAGACUCAAAGACUUCAACUAAAAUGUCGUUAACGUUGUAUCAAGUUGCCUUUUUAGCUCUAAAAAUAAUGACGAUAUGUUUCGAAACGGAACUGAAAACCGAGUGGCCGAAAAUUUUACGCACAAUGCGUUUGCUGAACAAACGAAACGAGGCUUCCACUUAUCUUUGGAACUUUAUAGAAUUCGUAGUAACUCAUCGAACCGCUUUGUACAUUCAAAUGCUACCGUUCAUCGUUCAUAAGAUCGGUCAAGCGCCGAUCUCUGAACACGAGAGGAACAUGCAGAGCAUAAUACGAUCGAAGAUCAACGGCGAUACUAAAACAGUGCCAAAAUCGCGCGGCACCCUGCUGACUGAUCUUAUCCACGAAUUGAAGAACCUGAAGGAAGAAAUAGAAGAUCGGAAAUUUGACGAAGCGCAAUCAGAACCAAAGAGGAGUGUCGCGGACAUGCAUUCUGUAACCGAAGGGCAGUCACGCACACAGAGAUUGUCGUUAAUCGAUCUUCUAACCGGGGACCUCGGAUCCAGAAGUCACAUGAAUCAUCAGUCGAAUUCCAGCAGUACUAUUAAAACAACACAACCGAGUCAAGUAUCAGCGCCACCAAAUGGUAUACAAACUACACGC